CGCGAAUCGCCGCGUAUUCCUCGAUGCUCCCAUGCAUGUGCUUUUAUUUCCAAGGCUGAAGCUCGUCGUCUCAAUGCCAUCUGGCAACUUCACCACACCAUGCGAAUACCGCGAUUCCUCCCACUGGCAGCCCUCCUGCUGGCCACUGGAGUGCUGUCCGAUUCCAAGGAGCCUGGCAUUACCGACCAGAAGUUCGACGAGCGGCCUGCCGACUUGUUCUACUUCGACGAUUCCGAGACCAUCCUGACCAUCGAGCGCAGACGUGGCGUCAUCCACCGGACGAAGGAUGCCGGCGAGAAGUGGGAGGUCGUGGACGAUAUCCCGACGGGAGAACCCUUUGCUGUCCUUGGACAUCCGUAUGAUAAGACCCUCGCCGUUGCAUUGGGAAAGCGGAAAAAGCAUUGGAUAACGAGAGAUCGGGGUGAGACGUGGAAGCAGUUCACGUCGUCCAAAUCACCCAGUCUGGCCAAUCCACUCUCGUUUCAUGGUAGCGAUAGCAAUCGGAUACUGUUCCACGCGGCCGAGCCAUGCCCGCAUUGUUUGGGCGAAACGUUUUAUACCCUCGAUGGAUUCAAGACGGACAUGGAGCCUCUGACUGGCGACCGGAAAACAUGCGUAUGGGCGAAGUCGACGCCCCUGUUCACAUCCGGCGAUGAAGAGCUGGAUAAGAAGCUCGUCUACUGCAUCGUGAAGGGGAAAUACUCCGACCGAUCGGAGGACCUCCGGCUUCUAUCAUCGGAGGACUACUUUGAAAGCGCCAAGGAGGUGAGCAUCUCCGAGGAAGGGCGUCCGGUCGCUGGGAUGGCGAACCUGGCGCCCGUCAAAGGGUUCUUGGUCGCAGCCGCGAAGAGCGGAGGAACGAAGGAGCUGGCGCUUUACGUGUCCCCGAACGCGAAAGUCUGGCAUCGAGCACAAUUCGGCGACCAUCGCAUCGAAGAAGACGCAUACACCGUCCUCGAAUCGACCAAUUAUAGCGUUCAGGUGGACGUCAUGAGCGAUAGGGGUAGCGAAAUGGGCUCGCUCUUUACUUCCAAUUCCGAAGGACGACACUUCACGCGCAACAUCGUUCACACCAACCGUGACGAGCUAGGGUACGUCGAUUUCGAAAAGAUGGGCGGUGGCAUACAAGGCAUCGUGCUUGUGAACGUUGUGGACAACUGGAAGGAGGUCGAGGAAUCCUGGCUGGCGGAUAAGAAGAUCGUGUCGAAGAUCAGCUUCGACGAUGGGAGGACGUUCCAUGAUUUAAGAGCUGGAGACAAGAAGCUACACCUCCACUCGGUCACUGACCAGAGAAAUUCGGGGAGGGUCUUCUCCAGUCCGGCGCCUGGAAUCGUUCUCGGAGUCGGCAACACCGGCGAUUUCCUCCGCGAAUAUCAGGAAGGGGAUGUUUGGGUAUCCGACGACGCAGGUCUCACCUGGAGGCACGCUCUCGAGGAAGCUCACAUGUACGAAAUGGGCGAUGCAGGGGCAGUGCUCGUUGCUGUCUAUGACGAGGGUCCGACGGACGAGAUCAAGUAUUCGCUGAACCAUGGAAAGGAUUGGAAGACCGUCAGCCUUGGUAAGAAGGUCAGGGCUCGGGAUUUGACCACGAUUCCGGAUUCCACGAGUUUGAAAUUCACCCUGGUUGCCACCAUCGGAGGCGGUUCCAACAUGGAACAUCAUGUCUUUUGCAUCGACUUCACGGAUCUCCACGAGCGCAAAUGCAAAGACAAGGACUUCGAGGACUGGUUUGCUCGCGUUGAUGAAGAAGGGGAACCCACUUGCGUAAUGGGCCACAAACAAUGGUUCCGUCGCAGGAAGGCAGACGCCGAUUGCUUCGUCGAUGAAGAGUUCAAGGAUCCACUGCCCCAAAAUGAGCCUUGCGAAUGCACGGAUGCCGACUACGAAUGCGAUUUCGGAUUCGACCGAGAAGGCGACGAGUGCAAACCUAUCCAGGCACUCGAGCCUGCUCCCGGAGAAUGCAAGAAUGAGGAUGAUACAUUCACGGGAAGCUCCGGGUGGCGAUUGAUUCCUGGGAAUGAUUGCAACCAGAAAGGGGAGGGAAAGGAUAAGAAGGUUGAACGUCCUUGCAAAGAGACCCUCAAACCCGCUCCAUCCGGCAAGAUUACUGCCACCUAUACGGAGUUCCGAGGCAAGAACUUCCGGGAGCACUAUUACCUGGAGCGCAAAGAUAAGAAAGUGUCGGGAGACGAAACUAUCGUUAUGUCCACAAACGAGAGAGUUGUAUAUGUCAGCCAUGAUCAUGGAAAGACUUGGGAUACGCCCAUCGACGACGAAGUUGUGGCCAUCUACCCGCAUCAAUACAAUUCGGACACCGUCUAUUUCAUCACGCCAUCGAAGAAAGUUUACUACAGUUACUCCCGCGCGAAGGAGGGCAGUAUAUCGACCUUCGAGGCUCCCGAGGCUCCGAACCAUGAGCGACUGCAAAUCCUUGGAUUCCACAAGCACGAGCGGGAUUGGAUUUUGUGGAUCGGCGGAGAGGGAUGCCGUGGGAGUUCCAACAAAGACUGCCACUCGGUUGCUCACGUAUCCACCAAAGGCGGCCGUGAGUGGGAACUUUUGAUGCCGUAUGUCCAAAAAUGCCAGUUCAUGUACAUGGAGAAAUGGCGCGAGCAUGACCAGCUGGUGUACUGCGAGCAACACCUGAAUGAGGACCCAAGCCAACCGUUGCAACUGAUCUCCAGCGAGGAUUGGUUCCAACACAAACAGGUCCUGCUGGACGAUGUUAUUGCCUUCGCAACCAUGUCGGACUCCGAGUUCAUCGUGGUGGCGGCCAGAGACGAAGACCACAAGUCGCUCAAAGUGGACGCAUCCAUCGACGGACAUGUCUUCGCUCAAGCACAUUUUCCACCGAACUUCCACGUCGAGCAUCAGCAGGCAUAUACCGUCUUGGACAGCUCCACGCACGCAGUGUUCAUGCACGUAACGGUGAACAAUAACCCGGAGCAGGAAUACGGCACUAUUGUCAAGAGCAACAGCAAUGGCACUGCCUAUGUCCUGAGCUUGAAUGAAGUCAACCGCAACCGAGAAGGCUACGUUGACUUCGAAAAGACCUCUCUCGAAGGUGUCGCAAUCGUCAACGUCGUCGACAAUGUGCAAGAAGUACUCCAGGGCGCCCGAAAGAAGAAGUCGACUUUAAUCACGCAUAACGAUGGGGCAGACUGGGGCCCAUUAUCUGGACCGGAUGGCCAGAAACUCCACCUCCAUGGCUACACUGAACGGAAGGACCCUCGAGACACGUUCUCGUCAGCGUCUGGAAUCGGCUUGCUCCUCGGCGUUGGAAAUAUUGGCGACGCUCUGGGAGACAAGUCUGACAGCAGCACCUAUAUCUCUACGGAUGGUGGUCUGGGCUGGAAUGAGGCAAAGAAAGGACCUCACAUGUGGGAAUUUGGCGAUCAAGGCUCAAUCAUUGUGAUCGUUCCUGAAGACAGUCCUACCAACGUUAUUUACUACUCUCUUAACGAGGGCAAGGACUGGACCAUGUACGAGUUUUACAAGUCCCCGAUGAACGUCAUGGACAUCACCACCGUCCCGAGCGACAACUCCAGACAGUUCCUGCUAUGGGCUACGGCAGCGAACGGCAAGCUCGCGACUAUCAACAUCGACUUCACAGGUUUGACAGACAGGGAAUGCAACCUGGAUCGGGAGAACAUCGACGCUCCCGACAGCGACUACUACCUGUGGACCCCCAAGCACCCCCUCCAAGACAACGACUGCCUCUUCGGCCACAUCGCCCAAUACGUCCGCAAGAAGCCCGAAAGCAGCUGCUACAACGGCCCAGAAAUCCCAACCCUGCACACCAUCCAGCAAAACUGCACCUGCACGCGCCGCGACUUCGAAUGCGCUUACAACUACGAGCGCCAAAAGGACGGCACCUGCAAGCUCGCCCCGGGCCUCCAGAAACUCGACCCCAUGCAAAUCUGCCGCGACGACCCCGCUGCAUUCCAGUACUGGGACGUCACCGGCUACCGUCGCAUCCCACUGUCGACGUGCCAGGGCGGCAAGGAGCUCGACCUCACGGGCGAAUCGCACCCGUGCCCCGGCCACGAGGAAGAGUAUUCCCGCCGCACGCGACUCGGCGGCAUCGGGCUGUUCUUCGCCAUCGUCGUCCCGUUCCUGGCGGCGGGGGGGAUCGGGUACUAUGUGUGGCGCACAUGGGAUUUCAGCCAGUUGGGUCGGAUUCGGUUGGGCGAUGGGAGCGGGAGCGCGGUGUGGGAUAGCGACAAGCCGUGGAUCGCGUGGCCGAUCGCGGCGCUGUCGGGAAUCGUGGCGGUGGUGGCAGCGGUGCCGUUGGUAGUAGGGUCACUGUAUCGGAGCGUGAUGCAUAUGUUUGGAAGGGGCUAUGGGGGGCGGACGUAUACGUCACGGAGCUCGUUUUCGAGGGGGAGGGGUGACUAUGGUGUGGUGGAUCCGAUUGAUGAUGAGGGGGAGUUGCUGGGGGAGGAUAGCGAUGAGGAGGUGUGAGGGCGAAAUCGUGUUGAUACAUUUGCCUAUAAGGGGGCUACGAUUUUUUUCUGCUUCCAUGUAGUAAACUUGGACGAGUGUAAACAAAUAGCAUGUUCGUUGUUCUUUUGACGGGACCAUUUGUCGGCGCUCUUGGCUGGAUCGGUGGGGUUUAUAGACUGUUCUAUCUUAUCGCAUUAGGGUCACGUUUGCCAUUAAAGGUUUGAGAGAUUGGGUCAUGAUCUUGAGCAUUGGAUAAACAGUGGUCUCCUACUCUCCUUGAACGAUUGCUGUGCAAUCGAAGGGGCAUCGGGGUGCGAAUCGCGAUAGACAUGACCAAUAUC